CGCCCCCCCCCCAAGGUUUGAGGGACAGUGGACCGGCCCCCUGCUGAAAAAGUUUGCUGACCCAUGUAUUAGAUCAAAGAAGAGCUGCACCAGUGCUACAUUGGCAAAACAGUAGCCGUAUUCUACAGGUGCUUAGCUGGGGUGGGAAGAAAAACACAAAAAAUAGAUAAAAAACCAUGUGCACCUAGCAUAUCCUAGAAACAUGGCCAGGCUGUACCAACAACAAUGCCCAGGAUUCAUCUACUUCAGUUUCUCUAUUUUUCUCAAAUUAAUUAGCAUUAACUUCAUAGAACUUAGCAUUAACUUCAUACUGUCGUACUGUUUAUCGGUACUGAGGACUUUUUUCCUCAGCAGGUUUUGAACUCAAUUACCUCUGUAGAAAUGGCAAGUAGAAGCCACUUAUACAACUGAGAUGUUAAAUUUAAAGAUGUGAAAUUACUAGUGUGGAUUUGUUUAUUUAUUGUUUUAUUAUUAUUAUUAUUAUUAUUUAAUGUUUGGAUAAUAAAAUUGCACGAGUGGUUAUUAAAAUAGUCCAGCUUUGAUGCCUUACAAUGAAAUGUUUUUUUUGUAUUCUUUUUAUAACAGUUUUUAACUUAAAGGACUGCUAAAUAUUUCACCAUGUGGCUAUGUACUUAAGAACAUAAGUAGAGCCUGCUGGAUCAGGCCAAUGGCCUAUCUAGACUAUCAUCCUGUUCUCACAGGGAUCAGCCAGUGCAUUGGUGAACUAUGCAUUGGUGUGAGUCCAAUAGCUUGAAAAUAACAUGUCAGAGAUUGAAAGGUCUUUAUUAGUUUAAUAAGGCCGUACAAUUGCAACCAGGCUCAAAAUUAUGAACUCUGUUGUUGACAAAUUCACCUUUUUAUUCACUAGGAAGGCCAUUCAGCUUCAGAAUUUAGAAUUGUCUAAGCCUCAGACACUUAGAUCUCCAAUUUGUUCUAAAUACUUAUCUAAUGAUUUAAGAAAGAAUAACUUAUUUAAAUAUUGACAUAUCAAAGUGAUACUAUCUUUCUCUCUACAGAAAAGACCAUGGGGUGUAUUAAAAGUAAGGAAGAUAAAAGUCCUACAAUGAAAUAUAGGACUGAGAAUGCUCCAGAACCCAUUACUUCCCAUGCCAGCCAUUAUGGAACAGAUCCAACCCAAGCAAACCAAUCACCUGCAAUAAAGGGAUCAUCAGUUAAUUUUAACAGCCAUUCCGUGACUCCUUUUGGUGGGCCAUCUGGUAUGACACCGUUUGGAGGAGCAUCUUCCUCAUUUUCAUCUGUGCCAUGUCCAUAUCCUAGCGGUUUAACAGGUGGUGUUACUAUUUUUGUGGCCUUAUAUGACUAUGAAGCCAGAACUACAGAUGACCUUUCAUUCAAGAAGGGUGAACGGUUCCAGAUAAUCAAUAACACGGAAGGAGACUGGUGGGAAGCACGAUCAAUUGCAACAGGAAAGAGUGGCUACAUUCCUAGCAAUUAUGUAGCUCCUGCAGACUCCAUUCAAGCAGAAGAAUGGUAUUUUGGUAAGAUGGGCAGGAAAGAUGCAGAGAGAUUACUUUUAAAUCCUGGAAACCAACGUGGUAUUUUCUUAGUCCGAGAGAGUGAAACCACGAAAGGUGCUUAUUCCCUUUCUAUACGUGACUGGGAUGAGGUUAGAGGUGACAAUGUGAAACACUACAAAAUUAGAAAACUUGAUAAUGGUGGAUAUUACAUAACAACUAGAGCACAAUUUGAAUCUUUGCAAAAGCUGGUCAAGCACUAUACAGAUCAUGCUGAUGGCCUGUGUCAUAAAUUAACAACUGUGUGCCCAACUGUGAAACCUCAGACACAAGGUUUAGCAAAAGAUGCCUGGGAAAUUCCUAGAGAGUCUUUGCGGCUAGAGGUUAAGCUGGGUCAAGGAUGCUUUGGCGAAGUAUGGAUGGGAACAUGGAAUGGAACUACAAAAGUAGCAAUCAAAACACUAAAACCUGGUACAAUGAUGCCAGAAGCUUUCCUACAAGAAGCUCAAAUAAUGAAGAAAUUAAGGCAUGAUAAACUUGUUCCACUUUAUGCUGUUGUUUCUGAGGAGCCAAUCUACAUAGUCACUGAAUUCAUGACAAAAGGUAGCUUGCUAGACUUUCUUAAGGAAGGAGAUGGGAAAUAUUUAAAGCUUCCGCAGUUGGUGGAUAUGGCUGCUCAGAUUGCAGAUGGCAUGGCCUACAUUGAAAGAAUGAACUACAUUCAUAGAGACCUUCGGGCAGCUAACAUCCUUGUAGGAGACAACCUGGUGUGCAAGAUUGCAGACUUUGGCUUAGCAAGGUUAAUAGAGGACAAUGAGUAUACUGCCAGACAAGGGGCCAAAUUCCCAAUUAAGUGGACAGCACCUGAGGCUGCAUUAUAUGGUCGGUUUACAAUUAAAUCUGAUGUCUGGUCAUUUGGAAUUUUGCUGACAGAGCUUGUGACAAAGGGUCGUGUGCCAUAUCCAGGCAUGGUAAACCGGGAAGUUUUGGAACAAGUGGAACGUGGCUAUAGAAUGCCUUGUCCUCAAGGAUGCCCAGAAUCUCUCCAUGAGUUAAUGAAACUGUGUUGGAAGAAAGAUCCUGAUGAAAGACCAACAUUUGAGUAUAUUCAAUCUUUCUUAGAAGACUAUUUUACUGCAACAGAACCACAGUACCAGCCUGGAGAUAAUUUAUAAGUCUUUGGCCUACAUUCAUUGCACAAAUCUGCCAAAUAUAAAAUACUUCCAAAAAAAAUCAUUGCUGAUUGGAAGGACUCAGAGGAAAGCAAAUUGCCAUUUGCAUGCUCUUGAUGGCUAGCAAACUGGAAUUCCAUAAUACAAUUGCACAAAACCACUUUUUAAAGUGUUAUACCCAAAUGUACCAAUGAUGUGAUAUUUUCCUUCCUUAUUCUGUCAGGGUCCAGAAGAAGUAUACCUUACAAUUUGGUGGUGAAAUGAGCAUUACCAUUACAGUUUAUAAGAGUGGCACAGCUAAUCAGUUUCUUUUUCUCUUGUCUUAUCUGUACUGCAAAGGGAACACCAGCAAUUAGAUAAACUUCUGAAUGGAAAUGUUCUGGGAAUAAGAAAGGAGGUGUACGGGACCAAACAAUUCAGUUCCAAUUUUAUAAAAUGUCCUGUGUCCAAAAUUUGAGAUAGCACUACAAUUGUGAUCUUGAGACCCAUUUUACAUUGAUUAAAUUAGGAUAGGAAAGUAUUCUUUUAAAAACCAGACAAUUUAUGAUAAACUUGAUUAAAUUGUAGACCUCAGUAGUGGAGGUGAAGAGCAUCAAUGCACUGUAGAGAUACUUUUAUGUUAAUGUAACUGGAAAUUAGUAUAUGCAAGUUGAUCUCCCCCCCCCUCCCACUCCUGCUAUACUUUAAUUAUAAAUGAUAAAGGUAACUACAAGUUGAAUUAAUGCAAUCAGGGGGAAAGAGAAAGUCUCGUCAUUCUUUCAAGAGGUAGCCUUUCAGAGAGAAAUGCCCCGUGAAACAUGCCUCAAUUUUGUGAGCUCCUUUCAGGAGAGGGAGGGAGAGGUGGUCAGUAGUUACAGAUGCUUCCUAUAAAACAUUGCUAGUUCAGGGAUUCACAAAAUUGCACUUCUGCUUUUCUUAAAAAGAUACUCUUAUGUAUCAUUAACAAAGUAUUUAUGGAAAAGAGUGUGAAAAGUUGAGGGGCCCAAUAUAUUUAGUAUUAGAUGAUUGACAGCAAAUUAUUGAUGGUUAGUUGGCCCAGCUCUUGCAUACUAUAUUCGAGCUUCAAGCCAACAGAGCAUGCAUACAGAGCAGGGUUUAGAAAAGCCAAAUUUCCACCAAUAAGUGGCUGUAUGUGGAAGGAGGAGUGGUUGGUAGGAUUUACCAUUCCCUCCCCAUAUUCACCCCACUAGAUUCAGCUAGUGGCAAGAGUGGAGCCUUCUCCACGUCCUUAGUUAUAUUUGGAAGAAUUGCAGUUUCCAUAACCUCUGACAUAUCAAACAAUAAUGUGCCGUUGGCAUUGUUAGAAUUUGCCAAUUUUACUUUAAAAAAAAAAAUUCUGCACAACGAACCUUUUCUGUGAAAAUUAUGAUCAACAUCAUUGUCAUAUCAGACAAAUCAUGUGGAUUUAGUUCUUAAUGGUUACAUUUGUUGCAUCAGGAGUUCUGAAUUCUGCUCCUACAAGAUUUUUUUAAAAAACGGUGCAAUUAUGUUGCAUUUUCUCUUAUCAUUUAUGCAUCCCUAACUAUGAAAUUUUCUAAGGAUUUUAUGUAGAAAAUAAAUUGGGGGGUUGUGAUUUUACCUGUAUGUUAGAAUGGGUAAUGCAAUUACAUUUAUGUAAUGAUGCAACAUAUCAGUAAAUUAUUCUGAUAUUGAUUGGAUGUUAAUUAACAAAUGGAACAAUUCAUUGUAACAACAUUUGUAUAGUGAGGAAAUAAAAAACACUUAACUUUCUGAGCCAGUUCAUGAAAAACGAUUAUGUAUUUUAAAAAGAAUGCCCUCAAUAUCUACAACUUUCUUUGUGAUAAGUCUUUUACCUCAAAUCUUUGAUGUAAUUAAGCUGUUUUGGCAAAUAAGAACUUGACACUGACACAUUAUUUUAAUUAAAAGUAAUACAAUGCACUAAAAAAAUUGAUUAUUUUUUAUAAAGUAUGUUCUUAAUUUUGUUUAACAGGAUUGAUUUUAAAUUAAAUUCACCCAAAUUAUAGCAGCUUAUCUUUUUAAAAAAGAAAAGAAAAACCCUGAUAGGUUCAGGAGCUGCUUUCUUAAGCCCGUAUGACAUAGGGGUUAGAAUGCCAGGGAGAGCAGGGUGCAAAUCCCCACUUGGGAUUCAUGCUUCCUGGGGGUCCUUAGGCCAAGCACUGCCUCUCAGCCUAGCCUACCUCACAGGGUUGUUGUGGGGAUCAGGGAGGCCUAUAAAUGCAAUAAAUAAAUAAAUAAAUAAAUAAAUAAUUUGAACAUCGCUUUAGAACUCUAGAGCAGUGUUUCCCAACCUUGUGCCUCCAGAUGUUUUGGGACUACAACUCCCAUCAUUCCUGACCACUGGUCUUGCUAGCUAGGGAUGAUGGGAGUUGUAGUCCCAAAACAUCUGGAGGCACACUGGUUGAGAAACACUGCUCUAGAGGAUUGUAAUAAUCACUAUUCAUGUUGGUGUUUCAUUUUGCAUUCUUCUAAACAUUUUCCCUCAGCAGUCCAUAGACUAUAUUUUGCAGGUGUCAGGGUUUACUUAAUUUCUCUCCCCUAGAAUAACAAUUAUUUUUCAUGAAUAAUGUUGUCGGUCCUGUUUCCGUAUCAGUGAGCAAGUGCAUCCUUCUAAGAUACACUCUGAACUGUUUUCCCUUACCAGCUAACAAUAAGAAAACACUAACGGCUACUUUGCUACUUGUGGAUGAGGCGUCUUAUGAUACUGUAUUAUGAAUGUUUGUUAUUAAUUUGUAAACUUUGCAUUGGUUCCUGGGCUACGGUCCCAGGAUUGCAGCAGUAUUUGUGGAUAUUCCCUGUUCCAGUACUUCGCCAAAUAGAUCAGAGACUGAACUGUACCUCCCCUACCAAGAAAAGGGUGGGGAGAGGGCACCAUGAAUUGAAUAGUAUCAUUGCUAUGUGUGCGUGUGGAUCUCAGGAUUCUC